AAGCCUUAUUCAAACCCACACACAUCUCUCUCUCUCAAUGGAAGCUGUUCUUGUCGCCAUGUCCGUAUCCGCCACAAAACAAGACGACGAUAAAAUUUCACAUAUUCUAACCACGACGACGUCGGAGGUUGAGAUCGUUACUUCCGGUAACCGUCGGAUUCCUGCACACUCCGGCGUUCUGGCUUUGGCUUCGCCGGUGCUAAUGAACAUCAUCAAGAAACCGGUACGACGUUACAGAGGCUGUGGAUCCAAAAGAAUUAUCAAGAUUCUUGGCGUUCCAUGCGACGCCGUUUCCGUUUUUAUCAAAUUCCUCUACACUUCUAGUUUGACCGAGGAUGAGAUGGAAAGAUAUGGGAUCCAUCUGUUAGCGUUGUCUCAUGUCUACAUGGUCAAGCAGCUGAAGCAACGUUGCUCAAAAGGCAUCAUACAGCGUUUAACAGCGGAGAACGUAGUCGACGUUCUCCAGCUGGCUCGGCUAUGCGACGCACCCGAUGUUUGCCUUCGAUCUAUGCGUCUGAUCCAUUCGCAGUUUAAGACCGUUGAGGUGACCGAAGGAUGGAAGUUUCUUCAAGAACAUGAUCCUUCCCUCGAGCUCGACAUUCUCCAGUUCAUCGAUGACGCCGAAUCGAGGAAGAAAAGAAGACGACGACAUAGGAAGGAGCAGGAUCUAUUCAUGCAACUAAGCGAGGCAAUGGAGUGUAUAGAGCACAUAUGCACCCAAGGUUGUACGUUGGUCGGUCCAUCAAACGUAGUAGACAACAACAACAAGCCAACGAUGAUUGCGGAGAAUUUGAAGCCUUGUAAGGCGUUCUCCACGUGCUAUGGUCUCCAGCUUUUGAUACGUCACUUUGCUGUAUGCAAAAGGAGGAGUAACGAUAAAGGUUGUCUUCGUUGCAAGCGGAUGCUUCAACUCUUUAGACUACAUUCUUCUGUUUGUGAUCAACCUGAAUCUUGUCGCGUCCCUCUUUGCAGGCGAUUUAAGAAAAGGGGAGAACAAGACAAGAAUAUAAGACCAUUCAAGAUAGAAGCCAAACAUAAGUCCAAGCCAAGCCCAAUGUGUUAUUGCAAGCCCAUGUAUCUUAGGGUUUCCAUCAAGAUAGAAUCAUAUAUAAACUUGUGUAAUGUGGAGAAGAGUAGUAUCUUUGAGAGUUGCCUCUUGUGGUAACUCUCCUCUUGAAUCAUUGUAUGAAGUUCAAUCAAAAUAUAUUUUGUUCUUAAAGACAACCUAAAGCUUCUCCCUCUCUUUGUUCUUUACAUUUGAAUAAAGCUCCAAUGAGCUAUUAUAUUUUCAGUUUUAGAUUUCUCUUUCAAUAAGCUCUUUAAGAGCAUUAUCUAUCUUGUUUUGAGAUUACUUACAUGGUAUCAGAGCCAAACGGUUCUUAUAGGUUUUACUAGCUUAUAGCUUCCGCUCAAUCUAAUCCAGAAGAAAGCUAAAACGCAAAUGUUGAAAACGAGUUAAAUGGUGGUGAUGAUUAAGGUUCACGAGCUGAGACGAAGACAAAGAAGAACAGAGGAGAUUAUGCAACACUCGUAGGUUGAGAACAGAAAUUGUUGGAGUUGUCCCCGAACUAGACCCGCUACUAUCAAACGGUAAUGUUUUUGGUCUUUGCUUUGAGACAACACAAGAGUAGGGAUGAUGGUUGGCUUAGAUUUAUAGGUCUGGAAUUGAGAUAUUCGGAUGAAAUAUGCUGGUUUGGGGUAUGCUAAAUAUGAUCUUAUGGCUGCAUAUGUCUGGUUUUGUUGAGCGCAUACAAGCUGUUCGAUAAAAUGCCAAAGAGAAAUCCAGAAGGUUAAAUGGACUGUUAAUCAUCUGUUUUGUUGUGGUUGUUGAAGAAGAAGCUGAGAGUGAGUAGUAUGUUAGUAGAUGUGGAAGAGUCUCACAUUCAUUACAAGGCAUCUUAGGUGAGUUAGACGAGGUAAAGAAAACCCAGACUCUUCGUGAGAUAAAUAGGCUACAAAGAUAGACCUGAAAAGAUCUCACACUAAGGAUUGAUCUUCGAGUGAAUUGAGGCUAUUGACUACUUCAAACGAACUGACUUCGAGCUCCCUUUUCUCUCUCAAUCUGCGGCACUUAAUUUUGGAAUAAUGGAGUUUGUGGAGCACACGUCUAUUGAUCUCAUCUUGCUGCAAAUACUUCUUCACAUCUGUUGGCAUUGAGACUGAUUCUAGAAGAUAAAAGUGUGACUGAGAUAAUGUUCAUCCAUGGGAUCAUGGACUGAAAAUCAAGCUCCUCCAUCAACUACGGUAAAGUGUCUAAAAUUUCUUCUUAGGCUAAACAAGAGACAAUGCUGCUAGUUAGUUUAGGCUUAUUGGCUUGGAAUCAAGAAGUUAGAAUGAAUUAGGCUGUUAUGGUUUAUUUGGACAGAAGUCUUGAAGUGAAAAGGAGAAGGGACAUUGUGGUUGAUUCAAAGCCAAUGGCAAGGUUACAAAACAGUUACUCAAAGUAGUUAGAGUGAUUUUGUUUCAGAAUAGCAUGGGAGCACCUCUGAGAGAGUGAAAAAAAAAAAACUCUACAAGUGUAUACCCAAAUCUGGAAAUUGGGAAUACCUCUGAGAGAGCACUCAUAGCUCUACAAGUAUCAACCCAAAAUUGAGUGUGAAUUGGUCAAAGUACCUCUGAGAGAGUUUAUCAAAACUCUACAAGUAUAGACCUCACAUUUUUUUUUAAAGAUCAAGUGAAGUUGAUGUCUCUACAAUGAAGCAAAGUGUCCAAGCCUACUACUUGCAAAUGUUUUUGUCAAGUGUCAAGCUCACCUUCAGUUCCGACAAGCCUACUACUUGCUAAAACUUGAUGUUGGUCAUCCUUUGUGCAUACAAACUAAGCAUCAUUGUUUUCACACUGCUGCUGAGUUUGCGGGGGAGUAUAAGACCAUUCAAGAUAGAAGCCAAACAUAAGUCCAAGCCAAGCCCAAUGUGUUAUUGCAAGCCCAUGUAUCUUAGGGUUUCCAUCAAGAUAGAAUCAUAUAUAAACUUGUGUAAUGUGGAGAAGAGUAGUAUCUUUGAGAGUUGCCUCUUGUGGUAACUCUCCUCUUGAAUCAUUGUAUGAAGUUCAAUCAAAAUAUAUUUUGUUCUUAAAGACAACCUAAAGCUUCUCCCUCUCUUUGUUCUUUACAUUUGAAUAAAGCUCCAAUGAGCUAUUAUAUUUUCAGUUUUAGAUUUCUCUUUCAAUAAGCUCUUUAAGAGCAUUAUCUAUCUUGUUUUGAGAUUACUUACAAAGAAGAUGGGUGAAGACACCAAGUGGAAGCUUUUGGUGACAAGGGUUGUAACUGCAAAAGCUAUGUCUUCGUUAUGUCAGUCAAAGAAGAACAAAUCUGAAGAGGAAGCAGAAAAUUUAAUCAAAACAAAGGAGCUUUUGGAGGUUUGUAGAUAAUAAUGAAGAUUAAUUUUCUUAUAAUCGUAUUUGUUAGUUGGAUUCUUUUUGUAGUUUGGGUUAUAUAGCGGAACUAUCAAGAGGUCUAUGAUCAUAUAUUCAUAUACCCUUUGAUCAGUAUAGAGGGUUUAGUUUCAAUGUGAGUAAACCCUUUUAAAUUGGUUA